AUGAAUCCCAAUGAUACAUUAUUCUCUCAAGUUGAUGUGCUCUUCUCGUCCCCUAAUCAUACAAUAUAUAAUGUUUGCAUUAAUAUUCCACCUCGAAUUUCUUCUGAUGGGAUAUGGGGAAGCCACCAACAUUCUGCCUCCCCGUUAAAAUCUUCUUAUCCAAUUUUUGAGUUACAGGCUGGCUUUAUUUUGGGACCUUCGAUUCAUUUUGAGCCAUUAGACAAGUACAAGAAAUUAUUGUUUCCUUAUGGGAGUCAAGAUACUCUUGCAACAAUUUCAUCACUUGGUUAUGCACUGUUCAUCUUUCUGUACGGAGUACAAAUGGAUUUUACCAUGAUACGAAGAACAGGAAGAAAGUCAUGGAUCGUUGGCUUUACCGGAUUAAUCAUGCCUAUUGGCAUGGGAUAUUUGCUACAUUUUGUCAUCUUAAAGAAGCCAUUAGUAGCUGCUCUUGGAGACCAUUAUCCAAGCUUGCCUGUUGUCUUUGUGUCACACAGCGUAACUUCAUUUUCAGUUAUUGCAGCCUUCCUCAAUGAUCUUAAAAUCCUAAAUUCAGAGCUUGGUAGGCUAGCAUUAUCCUCAGCAUUGGUGAGUGACGUGCUGAGUACGAGCUUUACGAGCUUUGCCACGGCCAUUGUCAGUAGCAUCAUGGGUAGGACAAAGAUCUAUGCAACCUUGGGCUCCUUGUUUGCAGCAAUUAUAUUCAUUCCACUGGUAUUUCGUCCAGCAUUGUUCUGGAUCGUAAGGCAUACACCAGAGGGUAGACCCGUGAAGCAAGUUUACAUUUAUAACAUCGUUGCAUUGCUAUUUGCAUUAUGUUGGCUUUUGUCAAGAUCAGAUCAAGCCUUUGCUUUGGGAGCUUUUAUCUUGGGCUUGUCUGUGCCAGAGGGACCCCCAUUAGGAUCUGCACUGGUUACCCAACUCGAAUUGAUUGGGAAAUCAUUCCUCUUACCCAUCUUUGUGACUACCAGUGUGAUGAAAGCUGAUCUCUCAUUGGAUAAUACAUUAUGGUCAUUUUUUAUUAUUGGCUCUUCCGUCAUUGUAGUCCAUUUUAUCAAAAUAUGUGCAUGCAUGGCACCUUCACUCUAUUGCAAGAUGCCCUUCAAUGAUGCUUUGGCUCUUGCUCUUAUCUUGAAUUGCAAAGGUGUGGUGGAUGUAGGCAAUUACAAUUCCAUUUACGAUAGAAAGCAAAUACACGCCCAAACUUAUGGCGUGAUGAUGAUUAGUGUAAUGGUUAUGGCAACCAUUGCGCAAAUAUCUGUGAAAUGUCUGUAUGAUCCUGCAAGAAAGUAUGCCGGCUUUCAGAAAAGGAACAUCAUGAAUUUGAAACCUAACUCAGACCUUCGUUUGCUUGUUUGUAUUCAUAAACAAUACCACCUCUCUGGUAUCAUGCAUUUCCUUGAUCUUUGUUAUCCAGCACACGACUAUCCCAUUGUUGUGGAUGCCUUGCACUUGAUCGAGCUAGUUGGGCGCUGCCAACCCAUAUUUAUCUCCCAUCAACGUCAAAGAGAUGCAGACAUGGGCCUGACAAAUUCGUACUCUGAGAAUGUGUUCAUGUCUUUUCAGAAUUAUGAACAUGGGAAGAGCCCAGGUGCUGUAUCAGCUAACACUUACACAGCCAUAUCUCCUUUUAGCUACAUGCAUGAAGAUGUUUGUUACCUUGCACUGGACAAACUUGCAUCCAUGAUAAUACUUCCAUUCCAUCGAAGAUGGUCCAUUGAUGGCUCCAUUGAAUCUGAAGACAAGAAUAUCAGGUCUUUGAAUUGUAGUGUCCUAGAGAGAGCUCCUUGCUCAGUUGGGAUCCUUGUAAACCGUGCAUCCCUUCCAAGUGACCCACACAUGUCAUUGCAUUUGGCUGUUAUCUUUUUCGGGGGGAAAGAUGAUCGAGAGGCCUUGUGCUUAGCCAAACGAGCAUGCUUAAACCCUCACAUUAGGCUAGUUGUGUACCAUAUUCCUGAGAAAGACAACCCAAAAUCGUCCACCUUGGAGAAAUUAUUGGACAAUGCUGUGCUCAAGGAUGUUACGGAAGGACAUUUUGGUUCACGCGUGAGUUACAGGGAAAUUAGAACAGAGAUUGGAGCAGAUAUUGCCUCAGUUAUUCGUGAUCUGGUGGAUGAUCAUGACUUCUUUAUAGUCGGGAGGAGGCAUGAUGUUGACAGUAGCGUAACUACGGGACUUAAAGAUUGGUGUGAGUUUGAGGAGUUGGGUGUCAUUGGAGAUUUGCUUGCCUCACCAGAUUUUGAAAGUUCAGCAUCUGUUUUGGUGGUGCAGCAACAAGUACUCAAGUAA